AUGGAAGUUAACGAUCGUUGGCCAAGUGGUGAAAAGUUAAAACCUAAAAAAAGCAAAAAGGGAUAUAUCAUCCAAAAUAUAAUCACUAAACACUACAAAAACUAAUCAGAUUCUUACAAAAAAUCUUUAUAGUUUAUGGAAUUUUCCUCUACCUUAACAACAUAAUAAAGUUUUAGCAACAUGACAAAUCCAUCUCAAGAUAAAUUGAUAUCAAAAGCUAUCAUUUUAUAGAACUGCUUGCGUGUUACCGCCGAAAAACACGUUCGAAACGAGUGUUAAAGUGACAAAGAAGAAAUCACAGAAAUGGGAAUCGAACAGAAAUGGGAAGAAAAGACAAAAACUAAGAAUUAAAAAGACUACGUUUUCGCCUUUUUUUUUUGGGCUAAUAAAGCAAUUUGAUAUCGUAAGGCAGAACACUGAGAACUACAGCAGAGUGAGAUCAUGAUUGCAAUCGUAAGAGCGAGAGCAAGGCAUGGAGAGCAAAAAGAGAGAAACAACAAAAAAGAGAGUGGGAGAGAGUUGAUUUAGUUUAAGCCAGGCCAAAAAAUGAAUGCCAACCGAUUCCCAAUUUCCAUUUGUCAAUAAAGCCCAGCAACAACAAACAGUUAGCCCAUAUAUCACUGUUCUGGAAUAUAUAUAUAAACAUAUAUAGAUAUUCUUAUAUCGUUUAUGGAUUCAAGCUCAGCUGUGUGGAGGUGUAAGAUACGAAAAAAAAGGCGAAAUGAAAAAUAAAAAACAGCCAGCAGUUUCGCAAAAAUAAAGCUCGUCAAGAGGAGAGAACAAAAGUGAGCGAAAUGCUGACGUCGAGCAGCUUGUUUAAACUUUUGUUUUAAAUUUAAAUUGCUAAUGAAUUGAUGAUGUCUUAUAGUUCUAAGAACUUACAAUGGGGAGAUAGCAGAUGUAGGGAUCCGCAACUUAUAAUUAAGAGCUGAACUUGGCAAUAAAAAUGCACAGCCAGAAAUAUUUUAGCUUAAUUAAUUAAAGCUAAUUUUCAUAAAAAUUAUUCAGCUUUAUGAUUUAUCCUUUCUUUAUAAUAAGUACAUUUCUUUGCGUCUUUUAUAUCAUGAAAAUGUUAUAGUACAAAGUAUUUCUUUCUGUGCAUCUCAUCUUCUUCUUCUUGCUAUGGGGCUUUGAGAAGGGUCACUCACAGCUCAAGGUAAUCAAGGUUGAUGAUUGUUCAAGUUUUGUUUGGUUUUUGACCAAACAGACUUGCCCCUAAUGACACUGAAAUGUGAAUCUUUAGAUCUCUUUUAAAAAAGUUAUUAAAGCUUUUAAAUUGAGCAUAUUAAUGGGCUACCCAAAUGUACUUUAUUUUAGAAACCGUUGGAAAAAAUGUAUAAUAGUCAAGUAGGUGAAUUUUUGUGGAAAUAACUUACUUGUUUAGGGAGAAUUUAUUUUAUACUACAUUAUGAGUUUAUAAAUUAUAUUAAACUUAGAAAUUAGCUAGAAUAAAACUCAUUUCCUAUCUUUGCUUGAUUAAGCAGAAUUUGUACUUUAAUCAAGAAUAUUUUCAAAAUAAUUUAGAACUUAAUAAACAAAAAACACAGCUUACGAAAUUCGCUGCUGAUAAAUAUGUUUUCUCUCCUCAAAACUCAAAAACAUCUGAUUUUAGGUUCUGCCCAAAAAAUUCUCUCAGAUUUUGUAUCUUUCUACGUUUUGGCAAGCCCCUAAAUGUUAACGAUAUUCGUCUACCUGUUCUUCGUUUGUUUUGUUUUGUUUUCCCUUCUUCGGCAAGGUAUUGUCUGGCCAAACAUUUUCCGCAUUUUUUCAGGUGCGUCUCAGUGAACUAUUCAGAACACAUACUCAUACAAAGGCAUACAGGUAGAAGCAUAAACUAGCAAAAAAAAAAAACCAACGGCUGUGCUAAAAAAAACUUUCAUUAAUGUUAUUUCUGCUUUGCGCUAGCUAAAAUAUUUUGCGGCAAGCCGCUAUCUUUUGCCCUGCUCUUUCCAUCGUAACAGCGAUUACGAGUCGUAAAAAAGAAAUCCAUCAUUAGGUGCUGUCAACUUCAUAGCCGAUGUCACUUGGGUGGAUUGGCACAGUGGGGUAUGCAGAAUAUAUUCUAGAGAAAAUAGGAAAUACUUUCGGAUUUAUUUUCUCUUACUGUAUUUACUGAUCUUGUCUAUGAUAAUAUCAUAAAGUGCUAAAGAAUUAACUAUCCUGCAGUAAAGUCACGGGAAAUUUAUAAAAACGAUACAAAAAUCAAAGGAAAAUUCGUUGCCAGUAUUUUCACAACGCGUCCCACUGUAGCUCUGAAGCGAAUAUCGUAAAUCAGUUGCGCGCCACGUUCAAGCCGGAUUCAUUUUUAUUCCGGUGGCUCUGCUGCUCCACAGCGGGUUAGUUGUUGCUGGGCGGUCGCUAGCGCUUGGUCUCCGCGGUCUUGGCUUCUAAGCCUCUGGAAUGCCAACAAUGUGUGUUGUGCGUUCGGUUUUGGUUCACUUUUAACUGAUUUUUUUUGUAUUUUUUAUUGACCGUUUCAUUUACGGGGCUGCUGCUGCCGUUGUUGUACUUUCCAUAAAGCUAAAAUAGUUUUCACCCGAAUGUUUGGUCGCUUUCUUGCAGUUUGGUAACAAAAUGGAAAAGAAAACUUGAAAUUUGUGUCGAUACGAUUGCAAGUUUGGUCGCGUAUCUUGCAGAUACACAUCCGCUUGUCCAAGCGAAUUGCACAACCCAAAUAAAAUAACAAAAAAAUAAAUAAGUAAACGCGUUACACGUGUCCAAGUGUGUUCGAGUCUUUGUUCGUCGUUAGCUGUGCCAAGCCAAAAUGCCCGUAUCCAAUAGAUACCACCAGUCAUCAUCGCUACUAUCAUCAACCACUUCACCACCAACGGCAAUUGCAUCGCACCAGAUUUCAAGCAGCACGCAGCAUUUUGAAGUAAUUGCAGCAUCUGGCCAUCGUCAACGCUGCGGAAUAUAAUGAGUCAAAAUGUGGCCGAUAGUUUGCCCACGUGGCGCCUUUGGGGCGAAGAGCACGAGAAGAAUGCAAUUUUCACCGUUUACCUGAAGAAGGUGCGAUACCACCGACCCACGCCCACGGCCAGUAAUGACUCUGACGAUGAGAUUUCCCAUCUGGAGUGGGAGACAGUGCGAGUGCGCUUCGUAAAGGCGGCCACAUUGGCUCGAUUGGUGGAGGCCUUGGCCACUGACGAUGGAGAGCUGGAGUCCACUUUUAUCAACGUCUUCCUGUCUACAUAUCGCACCUUUUCCACGCCCAAGCAGGUGCUUAGUCUGCUGACGCAACGCUACGAUGCUCUGCAUGAGAAGCAUCUGGAGGAGGUGGAUCAGGCGCAGGAGAAUGGCCAGAUUAUGGAUCCCGCCUAUGAUCCACAUGCCUCCAUUCAUGAGCAGCACAAGAAAACCCUAGUCUCAGCGCUGCAUGUUUGGCUAGAUGGAUUCCCAGAGGACUGGCAUGAGGAUAACCUGCAGCAGAUCUUGGCCUUUGCCACCAAGCGACUGAAAAGAUCCGAUCUGCAUAUCAAGGUACUAAAUCGUCUGGAGCGGCUCAUCCGACAGUCUGUCUAUGGUAAUGGCGGAGGAGGUGGUGGCGGCGGCGGCGGUGGUGUCUCAGAGAGCAAUGGUCUAUCAUGGCUUUCGGCAGCGGGCUCCCAGCAAAUGCAACAGUUCAUGAUUCCCACGCACUAUGGCUCAUCGUAUGACCUGACGGAUCAGUUCAAUGGCUUGUAUCUGGCACCAAUGGGUCAUGGGCCCAUCUAUCGUGGACCCACCCAUUUCCUGCAGGCCUUCCGUUUCCCUCACGUACCCGUUAGACAUUUUGCCGAGCAGCUUACCCGUAUGGAUACAGAACUGUUUAAGCGACUGAUUCCCCACCAAUGUCUGGGUCAUACGUGGGCACGUAGGGAUAGUGGAGGAUCAGAGACUGUGGUGGCCACCAUCAAUCAGUUCAAUGCGGUGCUCUUUCGGGUGGUGUCUAGCAUACUGAUUGAUCGCCUGAAACCUCAGGAGCGCGCUCUUAACAUUUCCCGAUGGAUUGACAUUGCCCAGGAGCUGCGCAUGCUCAAGAACUUCAGUUCACUCAAGGCCAUCAUUUCGGCCCUUAAUUCGAAUUCCAUAUACCGCCUCUCCAAGAUCUGGGAAGUACUGCCUAAAGAAAGGAUGGAAGUCUUUACGGAGCUGGCGAAUAUUUGCUCGGAGGAUAACAAUGCUUGGACACUGCGGGAAGUGCUGAAACGUGAAGGCACAGCUAAGAAUCCGGAUCCGGGUAGCGAUCAGAGCGAUAGGCAUCUACAGAAGUUAAUUCUGAAUUUGGGAACGCAAACAUCUCACGGAACGAUACCCUAUCUGGGUACUUUCCUCACCGACCUGACCAUGAUUCAUACGGCCAAUCCGGAUUAUCUUACCGAAAAUAAUCUGAUAAACUUCGACAAAAAGAGGAAGGAGUUCGAGGUGCUGGCACAGAUAAAGUUGCUCCAGGGAGCAGCCAAUACAUAUAAUCUUCAGGCGGAUGCACUUUUCGAUCAUUGGUUUAACUCGAUGCCGGUGUUUGAUGAGCGAGAGGCCUUUGAGUUGAGUUGCCGACUAGAACCACCACCGCCAGCGCCCCGCAAAUCGGUGGCCAGUACAAAUACAUCUUUAACAAAUACGACCGCCUCAUCGACGGCUUCUAUUAUGGGCCAUCGGAAGACUGACUCCAUACACUCCAAUUCGAGCAGCGGAGCAGGAUCGCAGUUCUAUUGCGAACUAAAUAGCAGCACCAGUUCCAGGCAUAACUCCUUGGAUCGGGAUGCCCAUCAUCAGCAUGCCUCUCUAAUGUCCGCCUCGAGUAGCGUGUCCAAUUUGUCAUUGGAUUCCAGUAACUCUGGCGGUCGGCAGUCUGGAAAACUGACACAUUCCCAGUCCAUGGGAAAUGGUCUGAAAUCUCAUGGAAAUGGUACUACCAAUGGAGGGUCACCACAUAUCAAUGCCCAGCUAGUGCAGCCAACGAGUGGAACUCCUCAGUCUGCUCCAGAUUUCUAUAUCAUCAGGGUGACCUAUGAAACGGACAACAUUGAGUUAGAUGGGAUUGUGCUGUACAAGAGCAUUAUGCUGGGAAAUAAUGAGAGAACACCCCAGGUGAUUCGAAAUGCUAUGCUUAAGCUGGGUCUGGAAGAUGAUCCGGAUAGGUUCACCUUGGCGCAGGUUUUACCUGACAAAGAACUGGUAAUGCCGAAGAAUGCAAAUGUCUACUAUGCGGUGAAUACGAAUUACAAUCUCAACUUUAUACUGAGACCGCGAAAGGAAGAGGGCGUGGCUGGUAGCUAGUCCACAGCUGUGCCCCUGUCCCAGCUAUGGUGUCUGGGAUACGAGGGCGAGGAGUGAGGAUUAUAAGGAUUGGAUUUUGGUUAGGAAAACUGUAAAUAGCUAGAGCUUGACUCGCCCAUGACAAAACUGGAUAAACCAAUUUCUAUUUAAGUUUCGUAAUACGUUUAAGUUAUUUAUUGAGAAGCGAAAAGAUAGAUAGAUUUCGAUAACCGAUUAUUUCGAUUAGUUUCUUUUGAUGCAUACCUGUCUGUCAAUUAGAACUUAGUAAACUUUUGUAAUCUCUAAUUUUUCCCAGACUUCGAGUUCGUUAAGUCUAUUGUAAAACCGAAUCCAAAACAUAUAUAUAUUAUAUAGAGACUUUACUGGAAUAAUUGCUGAUAUUUACAUAUAUAUAUAUAUAUAUCUAUAUAUAUAUUACGUAUAUAUAGUUAUAUACAAGAAAUGAUAUUCUAAAUGUGGUACAAUAAUUUGGGAUCUUGAAACGGAUAUUGCGUUGGUUUAUCGAUACCACUUUGAGGUCUUUCAAAAGCAAACAACUAAGCAUAUUUGUAUAGAUGUUUUUACCCACUGUACGUGUAUUAUAAAUACAAAUUUAAUGCUAAGUAAUAAGAUUUGUAACUAUUACCGAGUGGAGUGCACAAAACUUAACUUUAGCUGGUUAAGAUAUUGUAUUUCAGAUUUUGUAAGUUAUCUACAUUGAAAAUUAACGAGAGAAAGAAACAAUUAUAUAGAUAAGUUAGAUUCUACUUCGAUUUAUACAUAUUAAAUAUGACUAUUAUUUAAAAUGCAAACUGAAGUUAAGCUAAGAUUGAGAAAGAGAAGAGGAAAACAGAGUAAUAUUGUAAAUAUAAAAGUGAAAAUGAAUAAUUUGUGUUCUUCUGCAAAAUAAAUUGUACCAAAAGAAAGCAUAUAUCGUAGACUUCUAAAUUUUUUAUGAAUU